AUGAUAGAAGAAAUUCAUAAUAUUAUGUCCAAUUCAAAAUACAGUACGCUUGUUUUAGUAUUGGGAGAUUUGCACAUUCCACACAGAUGUAGUAGCUUACCAAGUAAAUUUAAGAAACUAUUAGUGCCUGGUCGAAUACAGCAUAUUUUAUGUACAGGCAACCUUUGUACGAAAGAAUCGUAUGAUUACUUGAAAACAUUAGCUAGCGAUGUACAUGUUGUUAGAGGAGACUUUGAUGAAAAUUUAAAUUAUCCAGAACAAAAAGUUGUUACUGUUGGUCAAUUUAGAAUAGGACUAACACAUGGGCACCAAGUGGUACCUUGGGGAGAUCCAGAAUCAUUAGCUUUAAUUCAAAGGCAAUUAGAUGUCGAUAUUUUGAUAUCAGGUCAUACACAUAAAUUUGAGGCAUAUGAGCAUGAAAACAAAUUUUAUAUUAAUCCUGGUUCAGCAACUGGUGCAUAUAAUCCUCUUGACACGUCAGUUAUCCCAUCUUUCGUCCUUAUGGAUAUUCAAAGUUCAACAGUUGUAACUUAUGUAUACCAACUUGUUGGUGAUGAAGUAAAAGUUGAAAGAAUUGAGUAUAAAAAAAAUUAA